AUGGCCAAGUUUGUUUCCACCAUCGCCCUUCUCUUCGCUGCUCUUGUUCUCUUUUCUGCUUUUGAAGCACCAACAAUGGUGGAAGCACAGCAGCAGAAGUAUUGCGAGAGGGGAAGUGGGACAUGGUCAGGAGUCUGUGGAAACAGUAAAGCAUGCAAUAAUCAGUGCAUCAACCUUGAGGGAGCACGACAUGGAUCUUGCAACUACCGCUUCCCAGCUCACAGAUGUGUCUGCUACUACCCGUGUUAA